UCGGGGGGGGUGGGAACGGGGCAGGGGGGAGGAUCGGCACGGUUUCCCGGGAGCACCAGAGGGCUUUACCCAACCAUCGAAGGGUACGGAACGGCGGGCCACUGUUCCGCCGCCUCUUCCACAGCCAGCAGGGCGGCGAGAGAGAGCCAGGAGCCGAACCGGAGGACGCCAGGAAUGAGCGAGUUCUGGCACAAGAUAGGCUGCUGCGUGGUGGCCAAACCCCCGCCGAAGAGGAAGAAGAGGAGGAAGAUUGACCGCAGCAUGAUCGGGGAGCCCAUGAACUUCAUGCACCUGACACAUAUUGGGUCUGGGGAGAUGGUGGAGGGUUUACCACCGUCCGGGUCGGUCCAGGAACAGAUGAGGUCGAAAGGACCUGGCGUCAACGGCCGGAGUAGCCUGUUAUAGCUGGAAUGAGGACCAAGCCAGGGACCCUCUCUGAAUAUCCAGCCCAACCCCUACCCCGACCCUUGUCUGACCCAGACCCAGUUGCAGCCCAAACCGACCAAUAAACAGCACUUAGAAAUCCAGAACUCCACUACUCCCACCACCCCCAUUGAAAAGCAUCCACAAGGUCAUCCUGAAAGUAGUGUAUUCUAUAAAGAAAUGUAUUAAGCCUUUAAUUGAUCUCCAUUUCGAGUGGAGAGGAAGGCGUUUUGUAUUUUUUUUUCUUUUUUUUUGUUAAAGGAAAGUAUUUGCUUGUUUGUCGAACUGGACUAGUGCAGAGAACCCCGGCUUUAUUGUGUGUUGUGAUCUAUGUGGGAGUUCAGAUAAGAGAGAAGGAGAAGCUGCCGCUGGUGAAUCUUGCAUGAAAAGCCAUGCGUGGGUGCUGGCCAGCUUUUGUUUGACACCUCAGGUCCUUUAAACUCCCACCAAACUCCAAGGGAUCGUCUGCGAGUUCCGCAUUUUUUCCCCAACUGCAAACCAAAAGGGAUGCUGUCCAAUGAGAUGCUGUUUGCCAAACAAAAAACGAGGAUGCUCCCUUGCUUCGAAAUGCCAAGAGGUGUACAUGCAUGCUUGCGAGUGUGUGGUCUGUGUGCUGAACAGCUGUUGUAUGUUUAUGUUGUAUCACAUGUUAGUGUGCCAGAUUUUUGUUUUGUUUUUUGUUUUUCUUGUAGACUUCAAAUCACGUGCAACAAAUUCUGCCAAAUCAGUUUUCCAUACCAGCUACCACUAUUAAUAUUUUUGCUUAUGACUAGGUAGUAUUUGCCAAAUUUCUAGUUUUAGUUCAAGUUGUCAGGAACAGAGGUGGAUCCAUUUCCCAUACACCAGUUUAGCAUUUCCUGGAAUGGGAGUGGCUAAAACAUUGUAGCAAUAUCAUUGGUCCAUCUCACACAUGAUGGACAGUAAGGGUCAACAUUCUGUAAUUGGUUCCCAAAGUCCGACCACCAAAGACUUCUGCUGUAUCUCCUCAGUGUAAUUUAUUUAGAUUUAUAUGUGUCGCUGUUGUAGCACAUUAGAUCAGUGCUGGAAGUUAGGCUUCCAGGUAUUUUCUACACCACCACCCCCCCACCACCACCACCCCACCAACAGCUGGUCCAGGAUCAGUUGUCCCUCCUUAUUCCUAAACUCAGCUAAUAUCUGUGAAAGGUUGAUAUUGAUCCAGAAUCAGUAUUUGAGAGGAGAACAUACACUUACACUUUCCCUCACCUCCUGCCUGCCAGUGGGGGUGGUUUCAUAUUGCAUGUAUUUUUUUUUCCACAUGUGAAAAGCACAGAGUGCAGUUUUUUCCCCCUCACGUUUUUUCAUCACUUAGCUUAAGUCUUCCCCGUAUCUCCCGCAGAGUGACCGUGUCUUUAAAGAAGCUGACUUGACUGAGUCAUUGCUCGGCAGUCAGUUGCAUGGAAGAUCCAGAGCUGCUUUUUAAAUGAACACUCCACAUAAGGUUCCCCACGUCCCAGCCAAAAAACUUGUUUUGACAGACGUUCGUUACUUACGGUUACUCGGUAGUCUCCCGGGGGCAGGGUGCUGCCACACAUUCGAGCCAUUACUUUAACCCCAGCACAAAAGUCUGAUUGCUAUUUAUCACUUAAGUAAGUUGGAGGGAAAAAUCCUUAUCCAGCCUUUCUAAUGCCUUACUUUCAAUGCUUUGCUAAGGCAUUUACUCGAUCGAGGUAGUGAGGACUGGGGCUAUAUUUGAUGAAAGCCUGGAGCUGGUGUCUGUUGGACCAACAUUGAGGGACCUGGCCGAGCCAAUGCCUAAACAGCAGGAAGCAAAGCUGGCUCCAGAAGCUCAGAUUACCCAGCAAGUGAGUCUGGAAUGCUGCUGGUUUUGUGUAAGACCCCAGAUUCAGCCCACGUUUCUGAGUGAACAGCCCGCCCCAGUGUCAUGUGGUUUGCAGAGAGCUGACAAAGACACUGGAUUUUCUAGGGCCAAACUAUAGGCAUCCAGACCCAGAGCAGGCCAGAGCAAGGAGACAGUUGAUGGGAGGGUUGCCAUGAUCCUUGCAGUGAUCAGAGCUGUCUUGUUGUCAUUGGCUCUAAGAUAAGAACAAAUUCUCCCAGUCUCUCGGUCAGAUUAGAAACGUUUGUGAUUUACCACACACGACAGCUCACUCUCCCAUCACUCACACUUCUAAGACCAGGUCCAGUGACGCGGUUCUACGAGGUACGUUCUUUGAACUGCCACUAUUUUCCGUUUUCUGCUGACCAUCAAAAUGCGUCCCAGAGAAUGCCUGCUUCUGAAUGCCUGAGUUGGAUCUUUCUGCUCCACAGUGGAGGCUCAAAGUUACCUUCCCCAUUUCACACAAGGAAUAAAUGCCAAGCCCCCA